AUGCCUAUUGAGUUGCGCAAUUUAUUCUUGGGUGACUCCAAAGAAAGUCAACAUUUUCGCACUUACAGUAGAGCCUACAAUAAUAUGUUUGCCUUCACUUCACUUGGUGUACAUUAUGAUAGAGAAUUAGCAAAGAGAAAUCGCGGCAUCUAUACAUUUAGAGUCCAGGGACAAAUGUAUCACUUCAUUGACGAUUUGAUACCCUCAACAGGAAAGGGGAAAAACUUACAGUUAUAUUUCUAUGAUAAUGAAAAUGAGCUAACAAAUCGAAUGACAUUAACAGAUAAUCUUAAUGAGCUAAUUGUUGCAAAACUCAUGGAUAUACUCAAACUUAAUCCAUACUGCACUUUUCUCAGAUCAUUAACAAUUGUUCCUAAUUUAUCUGAAUUUUACAUUGCUCUAAACUCAAGUUCUAAUUUAGACCAAAGAACAUAUAACUUACCAACUUCAUCUGAAGUUGGGGCAAUUUGGAUUGAAGAUCAGGUAAAUGCUAAAAUUCCUACACCACAUAUUCGAAUUUAUACUCAUAGUCAGAAAACCCAAUUGGUCAAUUACUAUUAUGGAUGUUAUGACCCAUUACAAUAUCCACUAUUGUUUCCUUAUGGUCAAAAUGGCUGGCAUUGUGGUAUUAAAAAAUUGAACAACACAUACAACUAUUCAAAAAGGCAAAUUUCUUCUGAAUAUGAGCAACUACCAAGUAUAAAAAACAUCAAUUCUAUUGAUACACUUCUUCACAUUGAAUCUAACGUUUUAUCAAAAGGAUUAAGAAAAAGAGACACUGUUUCUUGUCGUGAAUAUUAUUGUUAUAAAAUUCAAAUUAGAGAUGAAGAACCAAAUGAAACUUUACAUUCCGGUAGAGUAUUUCAACAAUACAUAGUUGACCAAUAUAUCAAACUUGAGACACAAAGAUUAGAUUUUGUUUCAUUUAAUCAAGAUUUAUUUAGAGUUGAAGCCUUUCAAGGAAUUAUUGAUUUAUUAAGGCAAGGAGAAAGAGAUGCUUCCAAUAUUGGCAGACAAAAAUUCCUUCCCGGUAGUUUCAUAGGAGGCCCAAGAGAUAUGCGUCGCAGAUAUAUGGAUGCCAUUGCUUUGGUACAACAUUUUGGAAAACCAGACAUAUUUUUGACAAUGACUUGUAAUCCUUGUUGGCCUGAAAUACAACAACAUUUACAGCCAAUGGAAGAAGUUCAAAACAGACCUGAUUUAGUCAGUAGAGUAUUCAGAGCAAAAGUAGAAGAACUUAAAACAGAUAUUAAAAAAACCAACAUAUUUGGAAAAAUUGCAGCUUUUAUGUAUACAAUUGAGUUUCAAAAACGAGGUCUUCCACAUGCCCAUUUUCUCAUUCCUUUUACGGAUGAAUAUAAAUUGCUAACACCACAAUCAUAUGAUAAAAUUGUAUCCGCUGAAUUACCUGAUCGUCAUAUUGACCAUCAUUUAUACAAACUUGUGACCAAGCACAUGAUCCAUGGUCCUUGUGGGUAUUUAAAUCCUUCAAAUUGUUGCAUGCAAAAAGAAGGAAAAUGUAAGUUCAAAUAUCCAAAACAACUUGUUGAACAAACAACAAAAGGAAAAAAAUCUUAUCCUCUUUACAAGAGAGCAAAAAUGAUCAGACCAAUCAAAGUUAGAGGACACAACAUUGACAAUUCUUGGAUUGUCCCGUAUAAUCCAUUUUUACUUAGGAAAUUCAAUUGUCACAUUAAUGUUGAAAUAUGUUCUGACAUUAAGGUUGUUAAAUACAUUUACAAAUAUAUUUGCAAAGGACAUGACAAAAUUGCAUUCGCUGUACAUAAUAAUGAUACUAAUGUACAAAUAGAUGAAAUCAAAGAAUACCAAUCUGCUAGAUGGGUUUCUCCUCCUGAAGCUGCGUGGCGUCUAUUUGCUUUUGCAAUAAGUGAAAUGACUCCAACUGUUUGCCAAUUGCAACUACAUCUUCAUGGACAACAUUUUGUUUCUUUCAAAAAUAACCAAACUAUCGAUCAAAUAAUAAACAAUCCAAUGAUAAAGAAAACCAUGUUAACAGAAUUUUUCCUUAUGAACAAAUUGAAUAGCGAUGCUAUAAAUCUGAAUUUACUCUAUAAAGAGUUUCCUCAACACUUUGUAUGGUCAUCAUCAUACAAAAUGUGGUCACGUCGAAAACAAGGCCUUACUAUUGGACGUAUUGUCACAUGUCAUCCAACUGAAGGAGAAAGAUAUUAUCUUAGGUUGCUUCUAAUGAACAUAAGAGGACCAAAAUCAUACGAAGAUCUACGUACAAUAGAUGGAAAAUGGUACAGUUCAUUUAGAGAAGCUGCUGAAAAAAAGGGCUUAUUAAAUUCUGAUAAUAACUUAAUUGAGUGUAUGUCUGAAGCUGUAAGCUAUCAAAUGCCUUAUAGUUUAAGAAGAUUAUUUGCAACUUUAUUAGUUUACUGUAAUCCUGGUAACCCAAAAGAUCUUUGGAAAAAAUAUGAAGACUCUAUGUCAGAAGAUUUUAAAAUAAUUUUAACUAUUACCAAAAAGGAUAUCCACCAAUUAGUUUUAAAGCAUAUUAAUGAGGUUCUACUUUCAAUGGGACAUAACAUAAAUGAAUUCAAAGAUAUAUUUGGAAAUGUUAGCUUCUCUAAAACAGCUAAUGAGGCAAAAGAAAUAUAUUUUGAAAGAAAUAUAAUAGUCUCUGAAACAGAUAUACAUCUACACACCAAAUUGAAUAUUCAACAGAAAAGAGCCUAUGACAUAAUUCUUGAACGAGUAUAUUCCAAUAAAUCAGGAGCUUUUUUCAUUGAUGGUCCUGCUGGAACAGGAAAAACUUUUCUUUAUCGAGCUUUGUUGGCUGCUAUAAGAACAAAAGGAUGCAUAGCUUUAGCAACUGCAAGUUCUGGGGUCGCAGCUUCAAUACUUCCAGGAGGACGAACAGCUCAUUCACGUUUCAAAAUUCCCAUUGACAUCGAUGAAAAUUUUAGCUGCAAUAUUAGUAAACAAAGUUCAUUAGCAACUCUAAUUCAAGAUUCAAAAUUAAUUGUUUGGGAUGAAGUCUCAAUGGCCAAAAAAACACCAUUGAAGCUCUUGACACACUUUUAA